GCCCCGUCAAGCAUAAAAGGUCCUUAUCGUAAUUGACACGUUUCCGAGAUAAAUGACGUCAAAGUCAAAUGAUGACGUAUCAAUAUGGCCGCGCCCAGAUGUUGACAUGCAUCAAGGUUAAACGGAAGGAAAAACAGAAUAAUGGAUACAUUUGAGUCAAGUGAUAUUUAAAAUAAAAAGCAUACUUUAAAUAUAUUUCUUUUAAUAGAAUGCUAUACAUGUUUAUUUAUUCUACCAUGCUUUCUCUGCUGGAAUAAUACAGAUAACAAAACUUUUUUAAUAUCGAGUUAAUCGCAUCAAGCAGAUUUGUUUAAAAUAUGCCAAUGGCAAUGUUUACCUGUUAGCAUGGACUUAUAUGACUAUAACAUGAUAUUAUCUGCUGUAGGUAGGUUGUUUUAAAUGCGCAAAGUAAGAAAAACAAUUGUUUAAACAUAAAACUAAAGAUAGAUCUGCAGGUUUUAAAUUUCUGUUCCAAGUAAUUUUCUUAGGCAUGACGUUUGUUUUCCAUCUAGAUCUGUUAUAAAGAAAUGAAAAUUAACCGCGGCAAUAGUUUUGGUAUGUUGAAAGUAAUAUUCUUAGAAAAAUGUGGAAUUUAAAAAUCAAUGCUACCGAUUUAUUUUAUUGUUUAACGUGGGAAUUAAAUAAUCUAGAUAUUAAAGACGUUUGAAGUCUAAGUCCUACGUGGCGCCAAGGUUAGGCGGGGGAUUUAUAAUCCAGAGGUCUGGAGUUCGAUUCCUGUUGGCGGAAACUUUUUUUUUUUUUAAUUUUUUUAAAAUAUAAGAUAACGUACCAACAUUCAAACUUUUAAUUAAAAAAUUUAUUUUCUUGUAUUUGUGCAGGAAUUGGAUGACUUGCUGUCAGUGUUUGGGUUAGGCGAACCACCCACACAUGCCUCACAAGAUCAGUCUUCCGGUAGAACAUCGCCGACUUUUGCUACUGAAACCUCACUAGAAGAGCGUGUUAACCGUUUCUUUGUAGCAGUGGUGGUUACAGAAGAGGCUUGCCAAGCAGACGACACAGAGGAUCAACAUGACGACCAUGUCCAUGUGACCAAUGAAUAUGAUCCUCAGAGUGAUAUAGAUGACGUCUCAACUAAAAUAAAUACAGGUUGUCCUUGCAAAAGGAAUUGUUAUCUGAACUUUACUGUGGACCGAAUUCAGACGCAUAUUCUUAGUCUACGAGAGAUGUCCAAGAAUGAAAAAGAAAUGCUUCUAAUGGGGACAUUAAAACGGAUAGGUGACAAUUCCAGAUGUAAAAAUAAAGAAAGAACGCGACAAAGAUACGACUAUUAUUUUGAUGGCAAAACGAUCUGUCAAGAAUCAUUUUCAUUUAUAUUUGACACUAAACAUAAGACCCUAAGAAACAUUUUGGCACACAUGAAAGAACAUGGAACGGAACCGCGCGUUCAUGGUCACACAGGCAGACGAGCACCAAAUGCGUUUGCGCCAGACGUAAUUAGAAAUGCAAUCCAAUUUCUAAUCAACUACGCAAGUGAAGUCGGCCUUCCCCAGCCGGCAGCUCCCAGAGGUCGCAGUGAUGAACCUCCAAUAUAUUUGCCGUCGUCGGACACAAAGCUUUCAAUCCAUCAACAGUACAAAGAGGUGUGCAUAGAGAAUGACAAACUAUACGUUGGUUUAACAACAUUCAAAGACCUGUGGUCAUUAUGUGUUCCGCAUAUAAAGAUAAGUUCACCAAUAGAAGAUGUGUGUCGCACUUGCGAAGAUUUUAGACAAGAAAUUAAACUUGCUAUGAGUGAAGAUGAUAAGUUGUCGGCGACAGGAAGAUAUCAAUCACAUAUUCUACAAGCUAGAAAGGAGAGGGACGUGUACAAGAAAUGUGUAGAAAGGUCAGCUGAAAUGUUUAGGAAAAGACAAGAACUUGACCCAUCUGCGGGAGACAAUUUUUCAAUGGACGAUAUACAUUAUACAUUUGACUUUUCCCAGUACGUCAAAUUGCCACAUCACUCCAGAGAAAAGGGGCCGACAUAUUUUAUUCAGCCCGUCAAGGUACAGAUAUUUGGUUUCCUGGUAGAUGGCUGCUGUCAGUACAACUGCCUCAUCAGUGAGAACGAAACAUUAGGUCGUGAUGGACAGCUGGCUCCCGGACCAGAUUCAGUUAUUUCCAUGUUAGACCAUGCGUUCCAUUCAUACGGAUCUGGUGAGAACGACUGUAGCAUUCAUGCUGACAAUUGUUUCGGUCAAAACAAGAAUCGUUACGUUCUGGCGUAUUUUGCCUGGAGAAUCAUGGUUGGAAAACACAGAAAUAUUACAUACAUGAUGCAGAUUCCCGGACAUACUCGGUGCUUGAUUGAUGCGGGAUUUGGAAACAUUAAAAAGUUAUACCGGAGAACAGACUGUGACACACCGCAACAUAUAGCUGAAGUAGUCGGAAAGUCGUCAGUCAGCAACUUUCCUGUAACCUAUGGUGCAGACGGAUGGAUAUGGCGGGCGUGGAAAGUAUUUCUGUCAGACAGAUUUAAAAAAGUUCCGAACAUAUCAAAAUACCACAGUUUCAGAUUCACCAUUGAACAACCCGGCGUCGUCUAUAUGAAAGUAAACGCAGACGAUGUAGAUGAAAUCCGAUUCAUCAUCUGUAAAACGCAUCACCUACCAAUGGAUGUCACCGAUAUUCCGGACGUACUGCCACCUGGCGGAUUGAGCAAAGAGAGACAGGAAUACUUGUUCCGGCACGUGAGACCACUUGUUAGGCAACCUUUUCAGGACAUACUUUGCCCGAUUCCUACUCAGACGGAAUAGAGUCGUUUAGUGUUUAGUUUAAUGCCCGUAUAGGUAAUAGGCGAGUUUUUGAAACGACGUGACAAUUUAGAGUAUUGCACAAAACUUUAAACGUCACCAUGGAAACAUAUAAUAAAUUAUUAAAGCAGCUAUUAAAAUUCAUCGGGAAAAGUGUUAUAAUUGAAGAUUAUUUCUGACAACUUAUUCAGAAUGAACUCAACUUGUAUAUUUACGUACCCGUUUUAUGAAGCAUUAUAUGGACGUUCAAAACAAAAACAACAGUGUUAUUGUUUAAUAUUUUCCAAAACCUGUGUAACUAUCGUAUGCAGUAAGUAAGCAGACUAGUUCUUUCUAGUAACGAAACUUUAGUGAUUUGCGUAACAAAUUCAAUAAUCGUACUGAAUUUGAAAUGUUCUGAAGGUCAUUCCUUGAAAGUCACAUUUUAGCGAUUUUUAGGAAACAAUAUCAUACCAUAGUGUUACCAUGGAAACGAUAGAUUCUUGGUAGUAACUAUUUGCUAUUAUUCUGUAAAAUCUGUGUGGAAGGGAAAGUUUCAAGUACAAACUGCCUUUAUAGAAUCAAUGAAAAGGAAACAGCUAAUGAAAUUCGAGUUGAAAAAUAUUCCAUAUAUUAAAAAGAUUAAUGUUCAUUACCACUGAUUGUUCUUCAUACUUUACUAGACCUAUAUUGUUUUCUAUACUUU